GAUGCCAGACGCCGCGCUGCAGCCGGGGCUCCCCGCAAGGAUGCUCCCCUUUUCCGGCCUCCAGCUCUCUGUGGCAGUUCAGCUGAUGAGUCAGAAGGAUUUAAUCAAGGGCAACACACAACUUUGCACCUGUCCCCUGAACAGCUGCAAAGAGGCUCUGGAAUUUGUGUGGAGAAAACCCAAGGAACUCCUACAGAUUACCUAAUCCUCCCAGCCUUCGAGUGCAUGAGGGGCCAAGGGGCUGGGCUGAUCUGGUAACAUUUUCCUCUGCAGGAUCCACCAGAAGCGAUUCCCCUAAGAAUAAAAUCUGCCCGAUCGUCGACAAUCAAAACCCAGGGAAGAGCUUUUCGGCCGGAACUGCCAUCUUCCAGGAAUUCGCCAAAAUGAGCAACACAAAGGGAAAGAGGAGGGGCACCGGCUACACGUUCUCUAGGCCUUUUAGAAAACAUGGAGUUGUUCCUUUGGCCACAUACAUGCGAAUCUACAAGAAAGGUGAUAAUGUAGAUAUCACGGGAAUGGGCACUGUUCAAAAAGGAAUGCCCCACAAAUGUUACCGCGGCAAAACUGGGAGAGUCUGCAAUGUUACCCAGCAUGCUGCUGGCAUCACUGUAAACAAACAAGUUAAGGGCAAGAUUCUUGCCAAGAGAAUUCAUGUGCAUAUCGAGCCUAUUAAGCGCUCUAAGAGCCGAGACAGCUUCCUGAAACGGGUGAAGGAAAAUGAUGAGAAAAAGAAGGAAGCUAAAGAGAAAGGGACUUGGGUUCAGCUGAAGCGCCAGCCUGCUCCACCCAGAGAAGCACACUUCAUGAGAACCAACGGAAAGGAGCCUGAACUGUUGGAGCCCAUUCCCUAUGAAUUCAUGGCAUGAUGGGUGUAAAGAAAAUAAAAGAUCUGGACUGUAAAAAAAACAAAC